CACCCUGGUCUUCCCCCCGUUUCUAUCUUGCGCCUUUGCCACCCCUUUCUCCCUCGCUUGGUAGUACCUAGCGAUCGUAGCACGGAGAACCCCUUUCUGCCAUCAUCUUUUACUCGGGAUGUCAGGAGAGUCGAUCCAAAGUCUCGGUCCAGACUUGGAAAUAGGCCUCCUGGAACAAAAUACGCCAAUAGUCGCGGGGGAAGGGGAGCUGCCUAGCAAUACGAGGAACGCGAACGUAGAACUGCCGGAAAGGGGGCCAGAGCCCACCACACGCGCGACUUCAAUCCCCGGGCCAAGAACACCAAGUCACCCUUCAUCCCUACGCCCUCAUGAUGCAAGAUCAGUAAGCCCAUCUCCUUCAGCAGCCUCGGUUCCUCACAACCGCAGGAGAUUUCGAGCCUUCCCAUCGCGCCCAACAAGGCCGGUGCGCAAGACAAGACGCGCAUCCAGCGCCGCCAGCUCACGCGUCUCGAGCUCCACACCCGGUUCGCCCCGUCAUGGGUCUCCUAGCUUGACAAACCCCAGUGUGAGAGCCGGCACCAUCGGCCCCCCCAGCCCACCUCCCACCGAGGGACCCGUGGCCGUAAAAGGCGCCUCGGUUACCCUGCAAGCCCGAGAUGCCGAGAACCAGGGGAAGUGGGCGGUGGAACACCACCAUAAGGGGUUGAUCCACGAGGUUGUGGGCGCGAGGAAAAAGUCAAAGCAGUGGUUAAACGGGCUCCUUGGGAUCACAGAGCCGGCUCCUCGAGAGAGGAUAUUCCGCGUCAGCUUUGCGGAAAUGCAGAGGUUGAAGCUCCGAAAGUUACAAGUCAAGUUGGUGGAUCAUGCUAUCGAUAUGACCACAUUAAAUCAGGAAUCUGCGGGAUGGGAACGCGACCUGGCCCAGUACACUCAAGCCGUGAAGGACUAUGAAUACAUGCUCGAGUGUACGAAGUUACCCCAGGAUUACUUCUAUGCCACCGGGGAGCGUGCUGUCGACCGGUACGUUAUUAGCCAGCUGGUAGGUGAUUUUGGUAGACUGGGUCAGGCCAGUAAGACCGUCCCCGUCGAGCUUUGGAGCGAGGAGAACACGGUCAUCGGCGGAACUCGCAACAUGAAUAUCAAGAAAACACGCAUGAAGGCGUUCAGGGACCGCCUGUCUAUUGCCACCAUCGGGGGUGCCCUGCUCGUGGGGCCCAUGUGGUUGAUGAUGCUGCGUGAUGGUCUUUACACUAGGCUUAUCACUACUACUGUCUGUGUAGCCCUUCUUGCACUGUUGGCCUCCUGGCGGCUAGAAAAGUCCGAUCAAGUGUUGCAGGCCACGGCGGCGUAUGCUGCUGUGCUUGUGGUUUUUGUUGGGUUGACGAACUCGGGCUCGUGAAAGGAAAGGUAUAUCAAGAGCUUAGGUACCUCUCUCGCACACACUGCCAUAGGAUAUGGAACAUCUCAUGUGAAC